UGAGGCUAAUGUGACAUGAAGAAGAAGCGGAAGUCGUGGAUUCCAAAUAGACACAGUCAUGGCAGCCACCAUUCAAAGUUUGCUGGAAGAAAUAUCCGGAGUUGAAGACCCAAUUGAAGAGUUGCAGAGCUUAAAAACUGCCUUAUUGUCUGUUCCAGUCAGCGCCCUGAGAGACGUCCUGAGCGGACAGCGUUUCGAUGUGAUUUUCUCUCUGCUGAACACUAAUGAAAGGGAGCAGGUUGAUCUGUGUGUGGACAUUCUUGAACGCAUCCUACUAGCCCUCAGUCCUUUGCAUUUGGUGCAUAACUACAGAGAAAAGCUGCAAGAGGGUUUGAGCCAUCCUAACGACACAGUGAAGAUAUUGGCCUUGACACAGAUUGGCAGGGUGGUGGAGCACCCAGAGGCCGUCACACAAAUCCUCAACAGUCAUGACAUUUUACGGGCGGUGUUCCUUUGCAUUGGUGAGGAGAAAAUUGCUGUGGCAAAACAGGCAAUUCAGUCCCUUUCUAAAAUAAGUCACUCUAAGCCUGGAUUAGACAAGUUAUUUCAGAGUGAUCUGCUUGAAGUCAUGAAGGAAGUGAUGGGCAAAAACGACAUAAUCAGAUACAGAAUAUAUGAGCUGGUGGUUGAAAUCUCAUCUUUUUCUCCAAUUUCUCUUGGUUGCUGUGCCAACAGCGGCCUCAUUUCCCAGCUGCUCAGCGAGCUGACUGGAGACGAUGUCCUAAUCAGGGCCACAUCAAUUGAGAUGGUGACCACUCUGGCUCACAGUCAGCAUGGUCGCCAGUAUUUGGCCCAGCAGGGUAUAAUGGAUAAGAUUUCCAACAUGAUCAGAGGAGCCGAUAUGGACCCGUUUUCUUCCUUCUACCUUCCAGGUUUGGUGAAAUUCUUUGGGAACCUGGCCAUUACGGACAGCCCCCAGCAGGUUUGUGAAUCCUACCCGAUCUUCCUAAACAAGGUGUUUGACAUGGUCAUGGAUUCGGACCCCGUCAUGGUUGGAGUGGCCCUGGACACUUUGGGAUUACUUGGUUCUACAGUCGAGGGGAAACAGGUUCUCCAGAAGACGGGAGAAAACUUCAAGUUUGUGUUGUUGAAAAUCAGCCAACUUGCUAGUUCUGGAGCUACUGAGCUCAGAGUUCGAAGCUUGGACGCCAUAUCACAGCUGCUCACCCUUCAGCUGGAGCAUCAAACAGAAGACCUUUUGUCCCUGACAGAGUCCUGGUUCCACCUUCUGUCUAACCAGCCAAUGGAUAUGAUUCGCAACAUCAGCACUCAGCCUUUUCCAGAGCUGCACUGCGGGGCUUUGAGAAUCUUCUCUGCCAUUGCAAGCCAGCUGUGGGGUCAGAAGAUGAUGGUUAACACUCCUGGUUUCAUGGAGUUCAUUUUGGAUCGCUCAACUGGCCAAUCAAAGGAGGCGAAAGAUGCCAAAUUUGAACUGGUGGGAUCUCUUCUGGGCUCAUCUACAGCAUCAGAAAUACUGGGCAGUCAAAACUACAUCCGCCUGAAGACGUAUCUGAGUGAAGGACCCUACUACAUAUCAGCUGUGGCCUCUGUCAGCACAGAAGGAGCAGACUAAUUCCUCGGCAUAUAUACAUACACACAUAAAUUGGCAGACAUACCAUGAAUCCUGAAAACAUAACAUAUUACAAAUAAAAGACCAUUAGCCAUUGAAGCUGUUUAGAUACUUUUAGACAAAUAAUUGGGGUAAAAGUACUUGAAUGACUUUAUAAAUUUAAAAUGGUAAUAGCAGGGAAGCAAAAGGCAAGUUUUCAUGUUUUUAACCACAUAGUUAAGCAAUAAACUCUAUAAUAUGUCAGAUAUUACAAGUUUUUCAUCCAGACACAUUCUUCAGUUUUUUUCUACGCUUUAAACUUUGAACUUAUGACAACACGGCUUUCCAAAGUUGUGUUUCUUUUUGUGUCAGUGCUUUUAUCUUUUUUUUUUAAAUAAAUGUUUAAAAAUAUAAAUAUCUUUACCUUUCCUGUAAAUAAAAAACAAACCAAGAACAAAUUAAUUUUACUCAAAAAAUGCACCUAAGGAAAGUAAAAUCAGAGAAACUGAUCAUUUAAAGUGGUCUCUUAUUUUUUUCCAGAGCUGUAUAUCUAAAUAUCUAAACCUUCCAAGUACUUUAAUGUAGUCUUUUCUGUCACAGAUAAUAUUUCUAAGUGUUUCACAUUCUAGAUCAUUUUAAAAUGCAAUUAGUGUAUUCUAUUGAGUCAUUCUAAGUGCAAAAUGGCUUCAACAUCCACUGGUCGCAUUAAAACGGGCCUGCAGGUGGAGUAUCGCAUCCUUCCAUUGCCACAGCAUUAAAACAACAACAAAAACACUUUUCU